AUGUCAGAGAAGCCGACAAUACUCGUCAUUCCAGGAGCCUUUGCUCCACCAGAGCAAUAUGAUGCUGUCGUUAAUGCGGUAGCAGCUCAAGGCUACUCGAUCCGCGCGCUGCAUCUUCCGAGUGUGGGAUACAAAAGCGGGGUAACGGUGCCACCGUGCAUGGAAGAUGACGCCGCGUUUAUCGCCUCAGAAGUUACCAAUCUCGCAGAUCAAGGCAGGGACGUGGUACUCAUUGCACACUCCUAUGGGGGUAUCCCAGCAACGCAGAGCACCAAAGGUCUAGGGAAGGCUAAGAGGCAGGAGCAGGGAAUGAAAGGCGGGAUUGUACAGCUGGCGUAUAUGAACUGCCUCGUGUUGCCCUUGGGAGCGUCGGAUGCCAGCGUUUUGUUGGAUUCCGAUGCACCACCAAAGGGACAGAUGGUGGUAUUGAAGGCUGAUGACGGUUGGCUACAUCACUCGGACAUCGCGUUAUCUGCCGCCCUUGGUUUCUCAGACCUGCCAAGGGAAGAAGGUGAAAUGUGGGCAAGGAAACUCACACGCCACUCUGCCUCUGCAUUUCCAAGUGAAUUGACUCAUGUUGGGUACAAGGACAUUCCUGUCUCGUGGCUCUUGAGUGAAGAUGAUUUGUGUAUUCCAGCCACAUUACAGAAAGCAUCAAUGGCCAUGGUCGAGAGGGAGAGUGAACGAAAGGUUGAUGUGACAAGUAUCAAAGCGGGCCAUUGCCCGUUUAUCAGCAAGCCAAAGCUGGUGACGGAUUGGGUGUUGGGUGUUGUUGCCAAGGUGCAGUCCCAGCAGUCGAGCGAAACUGUUGUCUAA